AUGCACGGGGACCCAAUCACACUCGCAAACCCUGGACCACCACCAAGGGCGAAGGGAGCCACCAAACCUUGCCCUAGGCCAGGACGAAAGCUAGCAGAUUUUGACUUCUGCCUCCGACGACCGACUCAUUGCGCGGACUGGACACCCCGACGCGCCACCGUAUCCAGAAUUCCGGGUCUGGUCUGCCAGCUUACCUGUCGAAUUCUCGAUGCAGCUAUUCGUAUGUUUCCCCACAGCGGCUGCACCGGGGAACCGCGGCGGGGAUCCACUGGCUGCGGAGGUGGGAUGCUCUUGGAUCGACAUGUCGAGGCGCGUUCGGAUUUGGGUACUUAG